GUGUGUCAUCACAAGGCGUGCCGCCAUAUCUCUUUGCAAUCAUCUGUGUUUGUCUGUGUCUUGUCAGCUUUGCCUGUGGUCGCUCCCGUUGAGUCACCUGCCGUGAAAGAUUUCAUCGGCGAUUUGUGCGCAGCUUCGUCGAAACAGUGUCCCAACUCUACCCUGGUUGUAUGCGAGCGACCUGAUUGCCUUCUACUAGCUCAUCGGAACCGCAAUACAGCCGAGAUGGAGUGGCUGUUCGGCAAGAAGAAGACACCGGAAGAGAUGCUGAGACAGAACCAGCGCGCCCUGAACAAGGCCAUGCGUGACCUGGACCGAGAGCGGGCCAAGAUGGAGCAGCAGGAGAAGAAGAUCAUCAUGGACAUCAAGAAGAUGGCCAAGGACAACCAGAUGGACGCGGUCAAGAUCAUGGCGAGGGACCUCGUGCGGACCAGACGCCAGGUGAAAAAGUUCAUCCUGAUGCGGGCCAACAUCCAGGCGGUGUCCCUCAAGAUCCAGACCCUGCGGUCCCAGAACGCCAUGGCGCAGGCCAUGAAGGGGGUCACGCGGGCCAUGCAGAACAUGAACAGACAGCUCAACCUACCCCAGAUCCAGAAGAUAAUGCAGGAGUUUGAGAAGCAGUCGGAGAUCAUGGACAUGAAAGAGGAGAUGAUGAACGACGCCAUCGACGAUGCCAUGGGCGAUGACGAGGACGAGGAGGAGAGCGACGCCAUCGUGUCGGAAGUCUUGGACGAGCUCGGCCUCCAGCUGUCCGAGAAACUGACGGAUCUGCCGGAAGCCGGCGGAUCUCUGGCCGCGGCGCAGAAGACCAAGGCCGGAGGAGUUCCGGCCGCGGCAGCGGUCGGAGACGCAGAUGCAGACCUCCAGGCGCGCCUCGAGAACUUGCGAAGAGAAUAGCUUCGCGACGUGAAAACUUUGAAGAGAAGGAACGCCCCGGAGCUUUUCCGCACGCGUUUGGCCGUUGAACGCUUUCGAACGUCGCAAUCUGACGUUCGUUUAGUGGACUGGAAAGAGUGUCUCUAAAAUUGCAACUUCCGACAGACAAAAAAAAAAAAAAAAGAGAAUCAAGGGGUUCCACGCAAGCUCUCGGCAUCCCCUAAACGUCGUCGUUAGUUGUACCACGGUGUCCGUUAUGCGUCUCAAACCGGCGUGCUUCCCGCGUCCUCAAAAGUUGUCCCUUGAUUACCGCCCGACGCCAUCUUAGAAGCGUCGUGUCGUCGCUGGCCGCGGUACUGGCGGUGUCGCGGCACCGGUGGUCAAUGUGCCAGACGCCCUCUCUACUGCAGGCCCCUCUCCAGCUCGACAGCCCACGGAAGCUUUGGCGCCAAGACGCCCGCGUUCGCUCACGCUUUUGCUGGAACAUCUACGCCCCGCCGCUGGGAUCGCGACAUCCGGCGACACGACACUCCGGCCUUUGCGACGUCGUUUGUUGCUGCUUCGGGACCACUUUCGACGCAUAGGUGGAAUAGGGCGCGAAACACGCCAGUUUGGAGACGCGUUCUAGGCACCAUGAUUUUACCGCAAAACUCGUUUUAUCGGGAUGCAGCUAUGCAAAGAGCAAGUCGUCUGUUUCUUGCGCAGGAGUUGCGGUGACGUCAGAAUGAUGCCAAGCUCCGAUUGGCCAUGAUUGACAGGAUAGCGGGUAGACCUCAAUGCUAGAUACCUUAAUCUAGCAUUGAGGUCUACCCAGAAAUAGCGAUUAAACCUCGCUGCUAAAUGCCUCAAGGUCUACCCACCGUUUUUUUACAUUCAGCCAAUAAGAGCUCAGCGUCCGUACAUCAUAGCAACCCGUGUGCAAGAAGCAGACAAACUUGCGCUCUGCAUAGAAACGACGCCGUCAACAAACUUCGGAAAGCGGGUGCGUCUGUUACCCGCGUCGAAUGGCUUACCCCCGCCUUACACGCAGAGGCAAGAGCGCACUCCCUGUGAAAUGCAGGACGUCCCUGUUGGCAGGUUUGUGGGCAGUUAGGAAGCGGUUGUGCCAGCCUUAUUUGCAGAAAGCCGUCUUGUUCGACGUCCGCUCUAGCACCCCGAUAUUGAGCUUAUUUAUCUUCGUAGCGCCGAUACGUGCUUGUACAAAAAAGAAACAGCCGAGUUUCAUAGUUCGUGUUUAUAUGUGUGCUUGCCGCAGCUGCGAUUAAAUUACGAGUUUACUUUCUUUUGUUCACUUUGA